UAAUUGAUAGUUAUGAAAAAGCAAAAUUUCCACAAGCAAACUGUGAUUUCUCUGGAUAUAUACAAAGACGUAUAUAUAAGCAUAGACCUAGAUAAUUAAUUUUAACAAGUAAGCUUGUUCUUUAUUAGAGUGUAUAUAUUUCUUCCUUCUUUUCCUUCAAUUUUUUAUAAAAGAGAGAAAUAAUGUUACCAGAAGACUGUGUUUCGACGAUUUUGUCAUUCACUUCUCCUUUAGACGUGUGCCGAUCCUCUGCGGUGUCGUCCACGUUUAGUUCUGCUGCAGAAUCUGAUGGGGUUUGGGAGAGAUUUCUACCCUCUGAUUAUCACCAACUGCUCUUAAGAUUGGUCAAAACUACUACUAAUUCUGAUUUUUACACAAAGAAAGAGCUUUACUUUCAUCUCUGUAAUCCUCUUCUCCUAGAUGGAGGCACAAAGAGCUUCAAAAUAGAGAAAUCAUCUGGCAAAAAGUCUUAUCUACUCUCUGCAAGAGAGCUACUCAUAACAUGGGGUGAUGAACCAAUGUAUUGGAGCUGGAAACAUGUAAAAGAAUCAAGAUUUGCUGAGGUGGUUGAGCUCAGAACAAUCUCGUGGCUUGAGAUUCAUGGGAAGAUUAGAACCAAAAUGCUGUCUAGUAACACAACCUACUCAGCUUAUCUAGUGAUUAACAUUUCCAACCGUGCGUAUGGACUCGACACGGCACCGUUUGAGAUAUCUGUUAAUGUAGGAAACCGACAAGUGUCUUAUGGCACAGUUUGUGUCAGUGGAUAUGACAAGAAUAAGAUGCAAGAAAAAAUCAUGAAGCAGACAUUGAAAACGACACCGUUUGUGGAGGAGAAAAAGAACGUGAUUAUUAGUGAAAGAAACGACGGUUGGGUGGAGAUUAAACUAGGAGAGUUCUUCACAGGUGAAAAUGAUGAUGAGGAAGUGAAGAUGAGUCUAACUGAGACAAAGGGUUAUCAUUUGAAAGCAGGGCUAGUUAUUGAAGGUAUUGAAGUUAGGCCCAAUAUUAAGCAUUAACAAAAGAUAUUGUUGUUGAUUAUUUCUUCUUUUGAUAUUGAUUCUUUCAUUGUUUUUUUAUUGUAAUGUUUCAAAAUAAGAUGUAAUUAAAUAAAUAUAUAUACGUACCUCGAAGAAGAUUUUCUUGAAAUAAAUACCAUGUUGUUUGUUUGGUUGCU